AUGGUUGAUCCAACUCCAUCUAAGGCUGCCGCUGCUGCCCUAUCUGACCUUGACAUUAAGGAAUCCAAGGCUAACUUGGUUGACAAGCUUUCUACUGCUCAACAAAACAGUGCUGCUGCUGUCGAGAAGAGAAUAGAUGAUGCUACUAAGGCUCACAAAGAAUACUUGCAUUCUCACAGAAUUCAACGUCACGACCUAAAGGAAUCCGAAAAGGAAGAACCUCUAUUGAAUGCUGACCCAGAAAGAUACACUUUGCUACCAAUUAAGUACCAUGAAAUCUGGCAAGCUUAUAAGAGAGCUGAAGCCUCUUUCUGGACUGCUGAAGAAAUUGAUUUAUCUAAGGAUCUACACGAUUGGAACGUUAGAAUGAACCCUAACGAAAAGUUCUUCAUCUCUAGAGUUUUAGCUUUCUUCGCUGCUUCUGAUGGUAUCGUUAACGAAAACUUAGUUGAAAAUUUCUCCGCUGAAGUUCAAGUCCCAGAAGCUAAGGCUUUCUACGGUUUCCAAAUUAUGAUUGAAAACAUUCACUCUGAAACUUACUCUCUAUUGAUCGAUACAUAUAUCAAGGAUCCAAAGGAAUCUGAAUUUUUAUUCAAUGCCAUUGAAACUAUCCCACAAAUUAAGGAAAAGGCUCUAUGGGCUCUAAGAUGGAUCAAUGACUCUGAUGCUUUGUUUGCUGAAAGAUUAGUUGCUUUUGCUGCCAUCGAAGGUGUUUUCUUCUCUGGUUCUUUCGCUUCUAUCUUCUGGUUGAAGAAGAGAGGUUUGAUGCCAGGUUUGACUUUCUCUAACGAAUUGAUUUGUAGAGAUGAAGGUCUACACACUGAUUUCGCUUGUCUAUUGUUUGCUCACUUGAAGAACAAGCCAACUCCAGAUGUUGUCGAAAGAAUUGUUACUGAAGCCGUCGAAAUUGAAAAGAGAUACUUCAUGGAUGCUUUACCAGUUGCUUUACUAGGUAUGAACGCUGAUUUGAUGAACCAAUACGUCGAAUUCGUCGCUGACAGAUUGUUAGUUGCUUUCGGUAACGAAAAAUACUUCAAGGUCGAAAACCCAUUCGAUUUCAUGGAAAACAUCUCCCUAGCUGGUAAGACUAACUUCUUCGAAAAGAGAGUUUCCGAUUAUCAAAAGGCUGGUGUCAUGGCUCAAGCCACUAAGAGUGAGACUGGUGCUUUCUCCAUUAGCGAGGACUUCUAA